GUUGCUCGGCAACACUUGUUUUUUAUUAGACAGAUUUCCUUCACUCGCGUCGCCCUCUUGUGGCCGAAGGCACUGACACGGUGAUGAUUUUAGACAGCAGUGAAGAGGAGGACGAGCAAGAGGCCGAAGAGGAGGAGCCGAUCGACUUUGCCGCGGAAGCAGCCAAGACGGCCGCCAGGUCCUUGGCCCGGUCUGCCUCGCAGACCUACACGAAGACGUUGCUUCCCCGAUGCAUUGAGGCAUCUUCAGAUCCUGAGCUACAAGCCCAACAGCUGAAAGCGCUAGAAGCCCAUGCAGAUCGGCAUCCAGAGAUGGCCAGAGCGAAACCAGCCCAGCCUCCGCCUGCUCCGCCUGAUUCCUCUCCUCAUUCGGAAGAGGUCAGCCACAACCCUUCACCCAAGUCGCACAUCAGCCCCAAGUCAGCGCACACUUCACCCAAGUCAGCCAUCAGCAUUUCACCUGCCAGCCCAAGUUCCAAUGCUCCGGACAGUCCGAGCGAGCGACCCAAGAAAGCCGCCCAGCGUGGGACGUCCAUGAAGACCACUGAGAAGCGCGAGAAGUCAACGACUUCGCCCAAGUCUUCCAAGGUUCAGGGUGCAGACAAGGGCAUCUCUCCCGCCAAGACACCAAAGGUAAAGAAGGUGGCUCCCAAGAAAGAGGCACAAAAGCCAGUGCCAGUGGCAUCCCAAGAUGCUGCAGGCGAGACCUCGGAUGAGGCCCUGGUGCGAACCGAGACGACUCUGAUGAUCCGCUCAUCCCCCAAGGCAACCUUCAAUUCCUCCUCCUUGACGCGUUUGCCCUCUGGAACCUGGCGAGGUCCGGUGGAAAGCAGCGGCAACGACCGGGAGAUGUUUCUGCGCUCGUUGUCGAAACACGAGUCCAUGCCGCUGAUCACCUUCAGACCACGACGUGGCAAGGACCUCUGGGUGACGAAUGUCAGCAACCCUGCGCCAGACACAUAUCCUUGCCUGGAUGAGCGGUUGAGGUGCACUAGCAAGUAUGAGGCGCCCCGGCAAGUCUCUUUUGGCUUCAGCCGGAAGGGCAGCCGUUGGCCUGCGAACGCCGAACAAAAGCCGGGACCAGGUGCGCACUCUUUGGUCAACUUUGAAAGGUUCAAGUUCGCCGACCCAGUACGGCACAGCUUUGGCGGUGCUCCACGCUGCCGACCCAACCCCAUCAGGGAUAGCGGCCCGGGCCCAGGGGCCUAUGGCAUUCAGAAGUCUGCUGAUGAGGAGGGGCCUGCAGUGACCAUGACCGGCAAGUUCCGGAAGCGUGGGGUGUUGAACUAUGACGACCCAGGCCCCGGCGCCUAUGAUCCUUCAGACGUGCUGUGUGCUCCCACGCAGCCUUCGGUGGGAUUUGCCACGGCAUUGCGUCAGGAUUUCUAUCCCAAGGAGGACAAAGGCAUCCCUGCGCCAGGAACCUAUGUCACCAAACCCAUGCCCGUGGGUAGUGAAAAUUUGGCCUUCUCCAUGUCGGGCAAGUGGAGGAAGAACGACCUCACGGCACACCUGUAUGCAGGGCCCGGCCCUGGCUUUUACAAUCACGGCAGCAGCUUUGGAUAUCGCAGCACUUGGCAGCCCAAGCCACCGAAGCCACCACCCAUCAUUGCACCUCCACCCAUGAAGCCGCAGAGCGAGUCAGUCGGGGAGGCAAUGGAAGUGGUGAAGGCAGCAUGAGAUGCAGCACUCUGGCAUGUGAGCGAAUCUUUCUGUCUGGUAUAUAGCAGUUCUUAUUUGCUGCUAUCAGCCAGUGAAGCCGUGAAGCCUUGAGACAUGUUUGGUAAGCUUAUAAAUACGAGCCAUGCAGUUUGCUUGCAUGCUUGGACAGAUCAGACAAGCCCAAGAAAGCAACGAAAUCUGACUGACCCAGAGAGAAGCUAGACUGCGAUCCAAGUUCAUCGCAGUACUCAGAAUCAGCGUUAAUGAUUGCUCCACACCUCAAAAUGAGAUGCGAAAGGAGUUCUUCAGUUUCACGGAGUGUUGGCUGAAUGAAGUCUGGAAUGAGCUACUCGACUGGAUGCUGAUGCGACACUGUAAGUGGG